AUGCUCUGUCAGAUUUGCACCUCCGGAGAGGAGCAAACCUCCGCUUCCCUGUUAGAAUACGACCAUAGUUCCCACCGGGGUAACCCGAUAUUCCCUAAGGUUGCUCGUAUCCCUGCCAGCAGUAAGAGGCUAAGGACCGCGAGGUAUCCCAAACCGGGAACGAGAAAUCCAACAAUCACGCUGAAAGUCGCCGACCUGGCAGACCCCAAGAGCAUACGGACCAGAGAGCUCACGCCACCGCCAAUCCUCGUGAAUCAGGAGCACUACUUCACCAGUGCAGCCUGGGUUUCCCAGACCGAGGUCAGUGUCGUUUGGAUGAACCGACCGCAAAACCUCUCGGUCGUUACGCUGUGCAAGAGCCCGAUGUGGUACUGUCAAGAGACUCACCGCAUCAGUGGCGAUGGCCGAGGUUGGGUCGACGAAAUGUCGGUGCCGUUCUUCAGCCAAAACGGAAGCUCCUACAUAGCCAUCUCGCCACUCCGAGAUGGGACAGCAGGACAUUUUCGACAUCUUGUACAUGUUCACAUCGGCAAAAAACGAAUUAUUCCAUUGACACACGGUCAUUUUGAAGUGAAUAAAAUACUCCACUGGGAUCAGACCAACAAUUUCGUAUACUAUUUGGGCGUCCCAGAACACUCGCCCGGACAGCAACAUCUGUAUCGGGCCUCAUCACUGCCACCGAAGCAGGGCACGCCACCUCGUGCCCCCCGAUGUCUGACAUGCAGCCACCAGCACAUUGGCCAUGCUCACGUCACCAAAAUGAAAGCAUCCAAUCGAGUUCAGCAACAGUGGAACGACGACUGGGAGGACGAACAGAUAGACGAACUGGAAGAGGACGAAUACAUUGAUAUUCCUGUCACAACUCCAUCGCCAAAGAAGAAACGACAAUCGGAGGAACCACCAAGCCCACCGACUCCAUGUCAGUACUUCACGGCGACCUUUGCUCCCAACAGCAAUGAAUUUGCCCUUAUCGAGUGUCUCGGCCCCGUUGUGCCAUUCAGUGCCAUCUAUCGGAUACAAGUGGACCCGACCAAGAGCCCCACGCAUGUAUUACACUUUCUGCAAAACAACACCGCACUUGCGGAAAGGAUUUCCAAAGUGGCGCUUCCGCAAGUGAAAUCCUUUCCAGUCAUGAUAUCCGGCGGAUAUCACGCUCAGGUGCGCCUGUUUCUGCCUCCAGGAUUGCGAGAGGACGAAAUAACGCGUUACCCGAUGGUGGUGCACGUCUACUCGGGACCGGGCACGCAACUCGUCACUGACAAGUGGCAAAUCGAUUGGAACACAUAUCUGGCUGGCACCAAGGACUACAUUAUUACCCAGAUCGACGGGCGGGGCUCCAGCGGUCAGGGCUAUCAACUUCUGCACGAGGUGUACCGCAGGCUCGGUACCGUGGAAGUUUCCGACCAGCUAGAGGUGGCCGAGUAUUUGCGCGACAGUUUGCACUUUGUCGAUAAACGACGUGUGGGAAUUUGGGGUUGGAGCUACGGUGGCUACACGGCUGCCCUGGCGAUGGCCAGCCCCACGUCAUUGUUCCAGUGCGGCAUCAGUGUCGCGCCAGUCACUAAUUGGAAACUUUACGACUCGACGUACACGGAGCGCUACAUGGGUCUGCCGAACGUGACCGACAAUUACAAGGGAUACGAGGAUAGCGAUUUAUCAAAACACGCUGAAAAGCUGCGUGAUAAGCAAUUUCUUAUGGUCCACGGCACCGCGGACGAUAAUGUGCACUUCCAGCAGACGAUGGUUUUCUCGAAAGAACUCUCGGCGAAGGGUGCACUGUACAAGCAGCUGAUCUACCCGGACGAGGGCCACAAUCUGGUCGGCGUGAAAAAGCAUCUCUAUCGAUCGAUGACGAUAUUCCUGGAGGAAUGCUUCCGAAAGCUGGUUCCGCAGGAAGUGAAAGCAGGUCUUGGCAAUGGCGGCUCGAGUGAUUAAUAUUUGCUCGAUUACUUCGGUAACACUGACUCAGCAUCAAGUUUCAUGUAAAAGUUUCUUCCUACUUCUUCGAACAGACUUACAACUUGCAGUUUCUCAGUAGUCUCGGCCAUAACUUUCGAGCCGCCUGAUGGUAUAGACGUUUCUUCACCAUAGAGCCACGGUUCCAUGCCGUUUUCUGGUUCUAUCUCGUUCUAAUAGUGCCCGACCUCCGAUCCCGUUGUAGGGGACGGAGUUUGCUGCCGUAGGAUUAAUCAUGGAACCGUGGGGUAGUGUUUUUGCGAACGUUAUCACAUUAAUUGACGAAUCGGUAGAAAUUGAGCAAUCGUUCAUUCAGAAGAAAAGAGCCUUGAGGGACAACUGGCAAAAAAUUAACAUCCGUAGGAAACUUUAUCAGUAAACUUGUAGCCGUUUUGAACACUGGAUUCAAAAGUAGUCACGUAGUGUUAUCGGAAGUAAUGAUCCACCACAUACAUAAUUCAAAGACAACACAUCAAAGCAAUUAACUAUUAAUUAGAAAGAUGCAAAGCGAAAAGAAAAUCAAGAACAAAAUAUGGUUGUGACACAUUCAAACGGGAUGCAGCGGAAUCUGCUCAGCAUUAUCAUCCUCGUUAAAGUAAGAAUCUGCGGUUUAGUCUGGCUUUUAAGGUCGAACUAGUCGCAGUGUACAGAUAUCAAACUACAUUUGUUUAAAAAAAAGCUCUGCUCAAUGUUGAAGGUACUUGAAAUUGAGUAUAUGUGUAGAAAAUAGACAAAAGGAGGUAUCCAUUGACACCUUCAAAAGUGCCCGUCGGGUUAUGAAAAAUAAGCAUUCUAAUCAAUUAAGAAAAUCACACCAGUAUAUACAAAACACAAAUCUUACAUUUCUGUACAACAAACUUAGCAUUCCCUGAUUCGGCAAGGUUCUACACCCAACCAGCGGAUGUUAGAUUUUCUAACAAUUCUGUAUAAGAAUCUACCAACACCUGUACAAGUAUUGUAUAAGAAUCUAACAAUUUUGUAAGCUUUUCUAACAAUAUUUGUUUGAUAGCUUACAUUUUUUGUAUAAGAAUCUAACAAUUU